AUGGUCUUMAKAAUAACGGAUACAUUUACGGAGUCGGAAUAUGAGAUUGCAUUCUUCGACCCUCUCAGCAACAAACCUUCAACAUCGCGCUGCUCCGUGUGUAGUCUGCCACGUCCAGACCCGAAGCACCAAGCUGAUGGUCCCUGGAACUUACGCGUGUCCCGCGGGAUGAAGAGAGAAUACUGGGGAUACCUGAUGAGUGAAAAGCAUAACCACAAACAUACCACAGAAUACAUCUGUGUAGAUAAAGAUGCCGAAUACGUCCCAGUAAGCGGUGCUGCUAAUCAUGGUGUCCUGUUGUACCCAGUUGAAGGACGCUGUGGUUCUUUGCCUUAUGGUCCAUACGUAGAGGCUCGUGAACUUACAUGCGCAGUGUGUACCAAAUGA